AUGUGUUUCAAGCUAGGUCAACUAACCACCAUAGUUUUGUCCUUACCAGACAUAGCCAAAGAGGUUCUCCAAGCCCAUGACUUGUUAUUCUCAGAUCGAACAGUUCCACUUGCCACAACAGUUCACAACCACAACCAUUAUAGCUUACCAUUUCUCCCCAUUUCACCUCUUUGGAGAGACCUUAGGAAAAUAUGCAACAACCAAUUGUUCUCCCACAAGUCCCUUGAUGCAAGCCAAAACCUUAGACGCAUGAAACUGCAUGAGCUCCUCGAUGAUGUGCAUGCGAGCAGCCUCAGUGGUGAAGCCGUGGACAUUGGAACAAUGGCUUUUAGGGCUUCGAUUAAUUUUCUGUCAAACACUUUUUUCUCUUUGGAUUUUGUCAACUCUGUAGGUGAAGCUGAAGAGUACAAGAGUAUCGUGGAGAAUCUUGGGAGAGCAAUUGCAACGCCAAACUUGGAGGAUUUUUUGCCGUUGUUGAAUAUGGUUGAUCCACAAGGCAUUAGAAGGCGUGCAGCUAUAUACGUUUCAAAAUUGUUUGCUAUUUUUGACUGUUUGAUUCAUAAACGGUUGAAGUUUGGAAAUGUUUCAAAUGCUGAUGACAUGUUAGACACCUUGCUCAACAUUUCUCAAGAAGAUGGCCAGAAGAUGAACCACCAAAAGAUUAAGCAUUUAUUACUGGAUCUAAUUGUUGCUGGAACUGAUACAACUUCCUACACAAUGGAAUGGGCAAUGGCUGAGCUAAUAAAAAACCCAGAUACAAUGUCAAAAGCCAAAGGGGAGCUUGAACAAACCAUUGGAAUAGGAAACCCUAUUGAGGAAGCAGAUAUUUCAAGACUCCCAUACUUGCAUGCAAUCAUAAAAGAGACCUUACGCAUGCACCCAGGGGCUCCACUUUUGCUUCCUCGCAAGGCCAAGAUAGAUGUGGAAAUCAAUGGCUACACUGUUCCACAGGGUGCACAAAUCGUAAUCAAUGAAUGGGCCAUUGGAAGAAACCCUAGCAUAUGGGAUAAUCCUAAUUUGUUUUCACCCGAGUGA